GUCGGGGCCCCGCCUCAUUGAGGAAGGACUGGCCUCCGGAGAACUGGAAGGAGGGAGACAAGAGAGAGACGCUGCAAUAGUAAACAGGGCCGGGUGUCCAUCUGUCAGUGAGCCAAACCUAAGCAUAGCGAGAAGGGAAGCCCCGGCCCGUACGAAUACCCGCCGUCAUGAUUGCCCUCUUCAAUAAGCUGUUGGACUGGUUUAAGGCGCUGUUCUGGAAGGAGGAGAUGGAACUUACCCUGGUGGGGCUACAGUAUUCGGGCAAGACCACCUUCGUCAACGUGAUAGCGUCUGGUCAGUUCAGUGAAGAUAUGAUCCCUACUGUUGGAUUCAACAUGAGGAAGAUAACCAAGGGCAAUGUUACCAUCAAGUUGUGGGACAUUGGUGGCCAGCCUCGAUUCCGGAGCAUGUGGGAACGAUAUUGCCGUGGCGUGUCUGCUAUUGUCUACAUGGUGGAUGCUGCAGACCCAGAAAAGAUUGAAGCAUCCAAGAAUGAGCUGCACAAUUUGUUAGAUAAACCACAACUUCAGGGAAUUCCUGUGCUUGUUCUUGGAAACAAGAGAGAUCUUCCUGGUGCCUUGGAUGAAAAAGAGCUCAUUGAAAGAAUGAACCUGUCUGCUAUCCAAGACAGAGAAAUCUGCUGUUAUUCUAUCUCCUGCAAGGAAAAGGACAACAUUGAUAUCACACUACAGUGGCUCAUUCAGCAUUCAAGGACUCGACGAAGCUGAGACCCUAUUUUUCCCACCCGCCAGAAAUUUGAGACCUGCCAUACUCGACCCAGACCUCCCGUCAAAUUUAUUUAAAUUUUUCCCAAAACGCGUUCCAAACUCAUGAGGUCACAAGUUUAUUUUUGUCUGUGUACAAAAGGUGUGAACACCUCAAUUUGCACUUUUUAUUAUAUAAGUUUUUUUUUUUUUUUUUUAAUUGUUAAGCAUUAAUAUCACUUUUUUUAAUUCCUAUUUGGAGUUUCAUCCUGUUUGAGCCAGCAGUUCUUUUUGACCUUCUCACAAAAACACUGCUUUGUUCAAUCCCACAAUGCCAAGAUGAUGGUUUCUUUUGGUGUCCGAGUGCGUUACUGGAGAUUGCAUGGUGGUGGGGGCGUGUUGAAGCACACUUUUCCCUUAUGGUGGGUGUCAUGUUAUAGCACCUGAUUGGUUGGCUAGUCUUGACUUGUUUAUAGCGAUUGAUAUUUUGGUAGCUGUCUUCACAGGAUUGGGAGAGCCCUGUCCUGCUGGCCGUAGCCAAUUCGAGGAUAGUUAUGUCAACAUUCCAUGGCCUUGGUGCAGACAAGAACUAACCUUAUAACAAAACCAUUCUGUUUAUAAUCAUAAAUACUUCACUUAAGGUUAUAAGUUUUGUACACUUUCUUCCUAUAAAUCAGCAAGACUGGUACACCAUGAUGUAGAUUUAUGAAAUAUUUAGAAUUAGCUGCUUCUGAGUCCCAAGGUAUUUGCUGCCUGUUGCCACAGUCUUUUGUUACUACAGUUGUAAGGGUGUGAGGUUUUUUUUUGUUUGUUUUUUUUUUCUCCUCCCUUACAUAUUAUUCUGUUCUUCUGCAGUAGCCUUACUUCAGGCUCAACUUAUAUUUGGCUCUACUUUCUAACUCAAUACAGUUAGAAUCUUUUUUUUUUUUGGAAUGACUGUUCCAUUCAUAUUAUGAUCAUGUAUAAAUAAGUAGUGUUUGACAGUAUUAGCCAAUUUUAAAUUCUUUGUGAUUCACUGCAUGAUCCUCCAAAUGGGUUUGUCCUUGAAGGGCUAGUUGCCUUUUCUGAUAUUUCUUUUUAUUGGAUGUUGAAGGAUUUUAGCUAGUGAUCAGUGUGCUUUCUGUCUAGCUGGAAAAAAUGUUUUCUUUGGGGUUAAAGAGGCCAAGGUGAUUUUGUUUCUGAUUGGAAGGCCAUGAGUUAUUGGCUAUAUCCAGUUUAUUCAACGGUGGCAGCCUGGGGUUUUCUGUUGUGCACUCAUUCAGUUCCCUCGUUCUAAAAUACAAACAGCAUUAACAUGGAACAUUCAUGAUUCCUGUGUACAUUUGUCAUGAUGUUACUGUGUCCUCAACAUCUGUCAAUUUUAUAUUAUAAGUCAAGAAUGCGAAAGAUAAUGUUGGUACCAGUAGGCUAAAUAUUAGGGUGGCUACAAAGAUUCUUGCAUCGGUUGCCUUUUUUAUUUCAUAUUGUUUUCUUAUUUUGCACACAAUUAUAUUUAGAAGCAUCUUCAGAGAUGCCCACAAAUUGUACAUUCAUGUUUUUUUGUUUGAUAUAACUGAAAAUUAUUGUGACUUAAAAAUAUGUAUAUGUUUGGAGCGUUUUUUAACUUUUUGGUCAUUGCUAAUUUAUGUUUUUGACACACUUGUAUAUAGCGACUUUAAACCAAAUAUCUAAGACUUUGUAAUAGAUAGAGAAUGUGUCUGUAUCGAUUUCAGUUACUCAGCAGCGAUUAGCCAGAACUCAGUGCUGUUUCCUCUUUUCAUAGGGCCCUGUCUGUGUCUAUGCACAUGGGAUCAAUACGUGCAUGGCCCAAUUUAUUACUAUUAUUAUUAUCAUUAUUAAAUGUGACCCUAAAAGAGAAAAAAAGAUCAUGUGAGAACUGAGAGCUUUACACCAGAGCAGUUGUCUCUAGCAUUACUUGCGCUGUUACUUUCUGCAGCUGGAAGAAUGUGUGGUAGGUUAUCAAGCAGAUAUAAGAGUAGUCUUUGAGGAUUUUAGUAACUUUUACACAUUUUUUUUUUUCUUUCUUGAAUGUAAAAGAUGUCUUUGGUUUGUGUUUCUCGAGUCUGCAGUGAAUAUCAGUGGAUGCUUAGAACACUAGUCAGUGAAGAUCAUUAGCACUGCCAUCAUGUUUCCAUUGUUUCGAUUCUGACAUUUUUUUGUUCUGUUUUCAAUUUGCUUAACAUCCCUUCACUCAUCUCUAAAAGCUAAAUCAAAAUGGAACUUUCAGUGAGUAUGAGGGGUGGGGGGUGUGAGGGUAUGGCAUUGGCCAUCACACAGCUUGAAAAAGUGCAUGCAAUAUGCUGUUUAGCUGACUUGCUCAGACAGAACAUAGAAUGAGUAUUAGUGCAAGUCACUGAAGGAAGUUUCCACUUUAUGCCUGAUAAGGGAAGGCACAAAUGGGAUAUUCCCUUCUCUGAAUUAAGUGGGAGAAAACAAAAAGAUAGUCAGUGGAAAUAACUCUCCGCAAUUUGCUUUUCUCAUGAGCUCUCUCAUGGAUUGGGAAGAUGAAGCUGUCAAGCUGUUCAUGACAGUUGCAGUGAUUGAGGCAGCAUUAGACAUUUCACGUUCUUGAAUUUUCUUGUAGGCCCUUUAUACCCUCCGGUUAGUGGACUUUUGCAGUAAGGCUAACUUGCUAAUUUUGAGUGCUUUUAUAUGUCUUUGUAGGUUAAGUGAUAUCUUUUAUAAAAAGUGUACACACACAGGUGUCAGCUUGAAAUCUGCCUGCCAGAAAUGGCACCAUUUUAAUGAAUUUCCAAGCUAUCCAGUAUACUGUUGUAUUGCAGUUAAAAAUAAUACUCCUGUUUUGACUUUUCUACACUAAAUCCACUCCCAUUCAUUCCUAGCAUGCUGUGUUUAUUCCUAUACUGGUAUAAGUUGUCUCAUAGUGAUCCAAGCCAGCCUGGCAGCUCAGUGAUACCCAAAGAGCAGCAUCCUAUGCCUUCUGCUGCUUAGACUGCAGAGCUCUGUGUUUUUCCAAGGGGGUUAUGUUGUGGGUUAGGAUGGCAGGGUACUUGGCCUUCAAAUCUCCCGCAGACAGGUUACCUGCUUAAAAAGGUGCCAAGAGCUUCCUGGAAGCCAUUUCAUCCCAAAAUGCAUCAUGUAGGCCUAUAGUCCCCCAGGAUACAAAGGGCACUCCUGGUUAAAGGUGGUGGGUUGUGCAGUGUUUUUUUUUUUUUUUUUUUUUUCCUUUUUUUCCUUUUUUAAUUAAUCUAGGUAAUAGUGAAUAUUGUACCUUAAGUUUUUUUUUUAACCUUUAAAUUCUUUAAAAUCAAUAACAAUCUAAUACUGAGAGAAAUGGCAUUUAAGUGUGUCUGUACUACAUCUUAAUAAAGAAAGAAAAGCCUCUUUGUUUUAACUCCUAUUUAUAUUGUCCUGCAGGUGAUGACUGUACUGUUAUUGUUAUCUUGAAAUACUAUAAAAUGUUAAAUAAAGGAUUUCCCGCACA